AUGGAGCGAAAGCCCGAGCUCGUGGAGGACGCGGACGGGAUUCUGUCCAAACUGGCGCGCGAGCUGCAGCAGGACCCCGACUCCGCGGACGCUCAACGAAUUGACGUGGCACUUGAGCGCGCCAUGUGCUGCCUCCUGCUCGGCCACGUGGACGACGCUAGGGCGCACCUGGGGCUGAACACGACCCCCCCGACAGGUAGCCUCGACAUCGCCGACUAUGUCUACGCUCACUCAGAAUCGUCCCCCGACCUCCUCCCCGGUCUCUGCUCCCUUCUCGAGCGCUGGCUCAAGGAAGCCCUGUUGACUUCGUACCGAGAGGCCUCGCAAAUCAACUCCGCCAUUAUCCCCUACUUCGAAGACCCCCACGUGAAGGGCUAUCUGGAGAAGCUGCAACAGGGUUCGAUUCUGCUCGCGUUUGGGAAAGCGAUCCGAGGGGGGGUGAGGCUUGCCGCGAGAAUAGCGAGCUUACCGAUUCGAACGAUAAAGUGGAUCGGGCGGAGUGUGGAGGGGCUAGCGGCGGGGCUGAAAGACAGGGCCAGCGCGGUAACGGUAGCGGCGAGCGGUAACGAUACGGUCGAGGAGACGUGGCGGGGGGCAAACGUACUAGAUGGGCGGAGCGAAACGAGGGAAGUGGGGAUGAGAUCGGAUAAUCAAAGCUUGGGAGUCGACGUUGCGAAGCAGAGUCGGGGUUCGGUGAGUUCCGAAGCUAUUGACCAGGAAAGGGAAGACUUCAGCAACGGGGGGGUCGGUAUGGCACAAGGGCCGCCGUUUUUGGCCCCCCCGGAGCAGCUGCCGAGGGGCAUCCCAGCGACCGGAAAGCUGAAGGAUUUGGACCUUGAGAGAUUUUUGGCGAGGGGAAGCGAUGGGUUUGCCGAAUUUACGGCGGCCAAAACUGGCGACGAAAUGGAUGGCACUGAAACGUCAGGAGCUUUGGAGUCGGAACCAACGGUCGGAUUUUUGAUCGAGAGGGGGGCAGAAGGGGGUGACGUGGCAGGCGUGGGCGUUGAGGAUAACGGGGCAGUGUCAAGCAAACCCAAGCCGGUUGACCCGGUAUACCAAAACCGCAGCAACGUGGUUAUCUUGGUGGGCGGCGCGCUUUUGGUGGCCGCGAUCGCCUCCGCCGUUCUCAAACCCUCACGGAAACCCGCCGCUAACCAGCUUCUGCAAACCCCCGUUACUGCCAAAACCGUCGCCCCCUUACCUAAACUCGCUCAACAGCAGAUCGUUCCGAAACCUUUGCCAAUGACCCCUCCGGACGUCGAUAUACGGAUGCCCCCGAUGGAUAGCGUAUUGGCGGAGGGCAUCAUAAGGCGGUGGCAGAAGGCCAAAGCGGGAGCGCUCGGGCGCCGCGGAGACAUUUCCGGGUUAAGGGAUGUGUUAGACGGCGCGAUGCUCGCGGAAUGGACCGCAAGGGCGCGGGAUUUCAGCAAAACUGGGAAACGGUGGGAUUACGAUCUGCGGGGAAUCAACGUGGAGAGUGUGCAAGUCAGCAACCGGGGCAGGGAGGCCGUGGUUGGGGUUACGCUCCAGGAGCGAGCAACGGAGUUCGACGCAUCCCAGCAGGCGAUCGACAGCUACGAAGAGGAGUACCGGGCCAAGUACGAGCUGAGGUUCAUUCGAGGGGCGGGGUGGAGGAUCAUCUCUGGCACGGUUCUCACCUGACAGCACAGUGUUCUUUUUGCAGAAUCAGCCAUUGAGUGCUUGCAUCAAGUCACGGGUAGUGUAUGCGAGUAGGUGCUUUCCACGGAAACCGGAUGACUAACCAGGGUUAAGGGAGGUGUUUGGGGGCCGAGACCCGUUGAGCUGAGCAGGAUGGACACAGUUAAAGAUUUUUUCCUCCAUAGACACUUAGUCAUUCCUAGCAUCUCAUGGUUGAUUUGGCUGUGCGAGUUGGCGUUCGGCAUAUCCACGUUCACGAGCUAGAGUGGCACUACGAUAGACGGUUCAGUUGGAUUUCCCAGUACAGAAUGUAGAGUAUGACUGCUAGACGUGCCAGACUUCAGUAAGAAAGUCCGAUCAGGGCGCCCUGUUCCUUGUGAAAGAUGAAAGAAGCAGAGCAGAAGAGGGCAGGCUCAGAGAGAGAACAUUGCUGAAUCGUAGCAACCGUCCCAGACGAAGUAGCGUGUCCGUACUGCCCAAGCACUUAUUUGAGCUUUCUACCCGCGGGUAGCUUUUGCAGAGCCUGUACAUUGACAGCCUAAUGAAAGGGGCGCGUUACACC